CACACACACACACACACACACACACAUUACCAUCAGGGAUAUGAAAAAUAAGUUGUAUUUUAAAAAUAUAUGAUUAGAUUUAAUUGCAGGAAGAAACAGACAGCGUUUUUAAAAGAUGAAUCUUAACCAAAUCGCUUGUCUGUACACAAAAAAACCCACUGUUUUAUCGCCAAGUUUAUUGUUUUAAAUGCCCCGGAACGCUUUACGAUACCCGGUGUUUGUCGCACGGACCCGUUUUCUCGUAACGCACCUUCGCGAGCGCCGUGCUGAGCUAGCCGUGUCUCGGCGGUGUCGGUGCGAUGGAGAAGCUGCAGGGGUUUGAGUUCUGGAGGAAGACCCUGCGUGCUGCACGCUUCGUCCUCGCCCCGAUGGUGGACCAGAGCGAGCUCGCGUGGCGGCUGCUGAGUCGCAGGCACGGGGCCGAGCUGUGCUACACACCCAUGCUGCACGCGCAAGUGUUCGUACGUGACGUCAACUACCGGCGAGAAAAUCUCUACAACGAAGUGAGCCCCGAGGACCGGCCCCUCAUUACACAGUUCUGUGCAAACGACCCCGAGGUGUUUGUCCAGGCCUCACUUUUAGCCCAGGACUACUGCGACGCCAUCGACCUCAAUUUAGGAUGCCCUCAGAUGAUCGCCAAACGAGGUCACUAUGGUGUGUUUCUGCAGGAUGAGUGGGACCUGCUGGAGAGAAUGAUUAAAUUAGCCAAUGAGAAGCUCUCCGUGCCAGUCACAUGCAAAAUCCGGGUUUUCCCAGAGAUUGAGAAAACAGUAAAAUACGCCAAGAUGCUGGAAAAAGCGGGUUGCCAGCUUCUCACCGUUCAUGGACGAACCAAAGACCAGAAAGGAGCACUGACCGGAGUGGCGAGUUGGGAACAUAUUAAAGCCAUACGAGAAGCUGUGAACAUCCCGGUUUUUGCUAACGGAAACAUUCAGCACCUGAGUGAUGUGCAGCGGUGCAUGGAGGAGACGGGAGUGCAGGGCAUCAUGAGUGCAGAACCAAUAAUAAACCAGGUUUGUUUUUGUGCGUGGACAGAGGGGAACCUGCACAACCCGGCGUUGUUUGAGGGCCGUAACCCACCGGUGUGGGAGAUGGUGGAGGAAUAUCUUGGUGUGGUGAAGAAACACACGCCAAGCACGCUAUCACACGUUCGAGCUCAUCUUUUCAAGCUCUGGCAUCACACGCUGCAGAUUCAUCAGGACCUGAGAGAAGAUUUAGCCAAAGCAAAGAACCUGGCAGGAAUCGAGGAGGUGAACAGACAGCUGAAGCGGCGCUGCCAGGAGGAGAUGGAGAAGGACGAAUCGGAGCGACAUCACACAGGGCUGCCGUUUCCUCACUGGAUCUGUCAGCCAUACGUCAGACCAGCACCGAAAGAUCCGAGCAGCGAGAACGGCGUGAAGGCGGUGAACAGGAAACGGGUACUGGAGGACAGCGACAGCUCCAACGACUCGCUCUCCAAGAACAAGCAGAAGAAGAAAGUCAGGAACCCGCAGAAGAACUUCUGCCCUGAGCUCAAACCAAAGUACAUCAAAUGUGAGCAAUGUGGCAACCCCAAAGGGAAUAAGUGCGUCUUCAACCUGUGCCGUGGCUGCUGUAAGAAAAAGGCCUAUAAGGAAGUGGCUGAUUGUCCAGGCCACGGCUUGAAGUUCAAGACGAAAGCGCUGAAGCAGAAGCUCGCAGAAGUCCAGACCGAGACCCCGAUCUCAUCUUAAACCUCUGCAUCGCUCAGUUUUUCCCCAAAACCAGGCUUUUGGAUGAGAGUUUAGUCUGCUGUAAACGCAACAACAAAGAUGUGCAUCUUAUUCACAUAGACAUGCAUCCGAAAACGAAUCCUGCUGCUGACGCGUUACUCCUUCACACUAUGAAUUUUCUUGGCAAAAAAGACACGCAAUUAAAAAUCUAAAUCUUGCAACAAAAUUUGUACGUAGGGUUUUAAAAAUUGUAGCUGCAAUUAAGCCCCGCCCCUGAAAAAUUCUGUGCGGUUUUACUGUAUUCACACUUUAACGCUCGGAUGUUUUUUAACCGAACAGAAUUAUUCAAGCGAUGCAUCUGGUUCUGUUUGAGCUGUGUUUUUUUUCCUAUUAAUUUAUUACGGUUUAGUUUUUAAACAGAACAGGUACAGGACAAGGCCACGCCCGAUAUUUGCCACAUGUUCAAUCCACACCAAAGAUUCUGCCGAUGUUCUGACGUUUGCACUGAAGAACAUUGGUGUUCUUGGCGAAAUCAGGACGCCGCGUCACAGCUGGAUUAUUUUAGUAGCGAUCCGAAAAUGCGUCUCAAGAGAUCGGACUCUUGGGUCGUUUUUCUUUUGAGGAUCAUUUGUGACGUUUUGUGUUUUUAAUGUUGAGGUUUUUACAAACAAUAAAAAAAAAAAAUUUUAAGAAACAA